CAGCAGCAUCCGCUCGGGGGAACGCCUUUGAGGAGCAUCAACGAGAGCUCGACCAUAUUGUGUAUCUACAACAUCUUAAAUCGGCUGAGUCACACAUACACCGGCGGUCUCAGUUAUAACAAUAAAAUAGGACAACAACACCAACAAGGAUUAAAAUAAAAAACGUUAGCAGGUUUYAUACCCUAUCGUCUCGAAAAAUGGUUAAAUUGGGGAAUAAUUUAAGUGACAAAAACAACGCCAAAACCAACGCCAAAACAGUCUCAGAAGAUGGAUUCGACACCAUUCCCCUCAUAACACCCUUAGAUGCCAGUCAACUGCAGUUUCCUGUACUCGACAAGGUGGUGGUAAAGACCAAAACAGACUAUGAUGGGGAGCACAAGAAGAGCAAGCUGCACUCCCCCAAGAUAGCAGCAUUCUCAAUAAGCGUCAUCGAAGGGGUAUCUGAGCGACUUAAAGUCACUCUGCUGGUGACUUGUGCUUUGGCAUUUCUGGUCUGCGUGAUGUUUCUGGUGGUCUAUAAAGUCUACCAGUAUGAGCAGCCCUGUCCAGAUGGCUUCAUGUACACGCAAGGUCGGUGCAUGCCGACGGGGAUAUACGGCUACUACCCCCCUGGUGGGCGCGGGCGUCUCUUCACCAUCAUCAACCACUACAACAUGGCCAAGCAGACCAUCACCCGGUCCGUGUCCCCGUGGAUGACCGUCAUGUCAGAGGAGAAGGUCACCCAGCAGGAGACCGAGACCCACCAGAAGCUGGCCUAAUACACUGGGCUGUAUUCAGAGAGGUGAAACGUUAAGAAUGUUACAGAUACAAUUGCAAUGAAUAGAGCCGACCUGAUGCCCAAUUCUACAUGAGCGCUAAUCAUAUGUGUGCUACAAAAUGUAUUUCUAUCUCAGCRUUUUGUAACGUUGCACCCUUCUGUACUAGGAUCACCAUCUAGCCCUGUGAAAAAAGGAUACGCGGUGCCAUUCAGGCAAACUCCAAAUCUGGAAAAGCGUUGGAGCUAAAAUGAUUGUUCCUGAGCUGCACCAGUUUUAAUUGUUAUYGUAGAACUGCAAUAUAUCAGAAAAAGUAUUGUUUUCAAUUAGUUCAAUUAUUUUACAGAUGCCUUUGUGUAAGCAGACUGGAACAGGGGUUGGAGGGAUAUUGGUUUUGCUUGAAUAGCGUCCGCGGUUAGUUAAAAUAAUUUGAGAGGCGAACACGCACACAAACGUGUUGCCACAUACUCGUUGACAAAACAUAUUUUUACACAAAYGUAAAAUGGGGAAUAAAAUCUCAGUAACCCAAAUAUAAACUGACUGAACCAUCUAGUGUCUGUGGAGCUGGUUUAACCACACAUGCCUUUACAAGGCUUCUGCAUUUCACACAAGCAGACUGUCUUUGUUACAAAAAUACAUAUGAAGUACUGUCAGAGAAUGUCCCGUUUAGCCCUUGAGAUCCAGCUAAAAUGACUGAUAAAAAAAUAAAGUUUUUCUCCUAGAUGGUUUUGCCUCCCCUAUUUGUGGAUGAAUGGGGUAUGACUCACUUGAAGAUGCAUUUUGAUGAUCUAAAAUCUUAAUACAAUGCAAAAGUCAUGUCCUAUUGAUGUUUUGGAAGUCAAAUGACUCCAAUGUGUAGGGGCGUUUUAAUUCUUGGUCUUGUUCAGUAAGCACGAAACAGGGGAACACAUUUUGAAACAGGGAGAUACUACCUAAACUUGUCCAAAAAGAAAUGCCCAUUUUCUGUUUCCGUUUCAAAACACUUUGCAACGCUGUGCUAUACUGAACACGGCCCUGGUAUGACGCUCACUAUAUUUGUCUGUAGAGCUCACCUUUAUUGUGGACACUGAUCAUGUCAAGGUCUUCAGAAAGCAUGUGAAUGCUUAUUGUUACUGCAUAGCAUAUCCCAUGUCUUGUUGAUACUGAAUGUUUUUGCCUUGCUCUUGAAUGUAACGUGUAAUGCAUUGAUUAGGGUUAUGUAGUUGUCAGUCACCCUAAAAAGGCAGUCAAGUCAUACAGAUAUACCAGACUGAGGGAAGCGUGCAAUGCAACUCUAAAAAUGACAUCUUUGACAGGAGAAAUAAUUGCUUAAAAAAAAAAAAAAAAGUGUCAUUUUAGUUUUUUCAAUGAUACAAUGACUUAAACAGAAGUACAUUAGAUGCUGUUUUUUUGGGGACACUUGAGGUAAAUGGAUUGGCUUUGAACUGUAAACCAAAUAUCUAUUAAAAUGCACACAUUUCACAUCAA